CCUCAACUAAGCGCUCAGCCGCAAAAGCAAUCUCAUCCAGUCGGGGAGAGAUGCGGAAACGCGGUAAUGCCACUCAAGUCAGUUGGCAACAGAUUCUCGCGAUUCAGGCAUGGUAGAAAAAGGAAACGAUGAAAGGAGAGACUCCGAUCCAUUCCUUCAAGUGCAAAUUUAUCAAUAAGGCCGUCUCCUAAAGACACAAUCGGGCAAACGCAAUUCUGAGAUCUCAAUAACGAUCGGGACACCAAUGAUCAAAGCUCUCCUGGUUAACGAUGCUGUCAACUUCUCCGAGAAACGUGGCCUUGGCAUGGGCUAUGAUUACUAACAGGGCUUUGGACGUAUGGAUAUUGUCAGUUCUAUUGUCAUGUUCAAGGAUUCCACAUUUGCGGACGGCAUCGAUGCCCCCAAGAUCACCACCCUCGACGUGCCCGCUUUGCGCCAGGGUCCAGAGCCAGAGAAGCAAUAAAAGAACGCCGAAAUUUCCGUGCCCAGGGGCCGAAAUCGGCUUGUUGUCACCCUUGCGUAUACAGAUCCACAAGGGCACGGAGUUUGAUCACAUUAAUAACGUCGAGAAAGUCAUCUGGGACAUUAUCCCAGGAAAAACUUCCAAGGUUGUCGUUCGAAUCUUUCGGAACGUAAAACCAGAGCUGGCGGCAACCUUUGCUGUGGCGUGGGACAUCCGGGCUAUGGCGAAGCUCUGAAUCCUCUUUGUACUACUUGUCCUUUGGGGAUCUGUGAAGAGAAAGCCACGAAGAUGAACUCAAAUAGUCACACACAUCAGGCAGUAUUCUUGCGAAGUGCGGGGAGCGAUUUGGUCCUUCGCGUUUGAUCAUCACUGGAUGUUCCUGAUGUGUUGCACCAUGUCGCAUUCGCGUC